UCAAAAAUAAUAUGUCAAAGAGUAAUUGAUAAGCUCGUUACUAUGAGUCUGCUAAACUGUGAAAUCAGCUGUGCCUCCAGCCAGUCUGAGAGCGACUGCUGCGCGGCCAUGGCCAGCUCCUGUAGUGCUGCAGCAAAAGACGACAGCGUGGGCGCCACUGCCAGCACAGGGAAUCUCUCCAGCUCUUUCAUGGAAGAGAUCCAGGGGUACGACGUCGAGUUUGACCCACCCCUGGAAAGCAAGUAUGAAUGCCCCAUCUGCUUGAUGGCGUUACGGGAAGCAGUGCAGACACCAUGCGGCCAUAGGUUCUGCAAAGCCUGCAUCACCAAAUCAAUAAGGGAUGCCGGUCACAAAUGUCCUAUUGAUAAUGAAAUACUGUUGGAAACUCAACUCUUUCCUGACAAUUUUGCAAAACGAGAGAUUCUUUCUCUGAUGGUGAGGUGUCCAAAUGAAGGGUGUAUGCACAAGAUGGAACUGCGGCAUCUUGAGGAUCAUCAAGCACAUUGUGAGUUUGCUCUUACGAAUUGUCUUCAAUGCAACCGUCCAUUACAAAAGUGCCAACUUAAUACUCACAUUCUCCAGGAGUGUCCAAGAAGACAGGUUUCUUGUAAGAACUGUGCUAUGUCAAUGGCAUUUGAAGAUAAAGAGAGCCAUGACCAGAGCUGUCCUUUGGCAAAUGUCAUCUGUGAAUACUGCAGUACCAUGCUCAUCAGAGAACAGAUGCCUAAUCAUUUUGAGCUAGACUGUCCUACAGCCCCAAUUCCAUGCACUUUCAGUUCUUUUGGUUGCCAUGAAAAGAUGCAGAGGAUUCACUUGGCACGCCACCUACAAGAGAACACCCAGUCACACAUGAGAAUGUUGGCCCAGGCUGUUCAGAGCUUAAACCUGGCUGCAGCUCCCAUGCCUCAACGAUACGAGCCUGCAUCUCUGGCUCGGGUCCCCUCUGGGUGUAACUCAGAGGUCUACAAUUUUCAAGAAAUUAUUCAACAGUUAGAGGGUCGCCUUGUAAGACAAGACCAUCAAAUCCGGGAGCUGACUGCAAAAAUGGAAACUCAGAGCAUGUAUGUCAGUGAGCUCAAACGAACUAUUCGAACCCUUGAGGACAAGGUUGCUGAAAUAGAAGCACAGCAGUGCAAUGGGAUUUACAUCUGGAAGAUUGGUAACUUUGGGAUGCACUUGAAAUCUCAAGAAGAGGAGAAACCUGUUGUCAUUCAUAGCCCUGGGUUCUAUACAGGCAAACCCGGAUACAAACUCUGCAUGCGCCUGCACCUUCAGUUACCAACUGCUCAGCGCUGUGCAAACUAUAUAUCCCUCUUUGUCCACACAAUGCAAGGAGAGUAUGACAGCCACCUCCCUUGGCCCUUCCAGGGUACAAUACGCCUCACAAUUCUCGAUCAGUCUGAAGCACCUAUCAGGCAAAACCAUGAGGAGAUCAUGGAUGCCAAACCAGAGCUGCUUGCCUUCCAGAGACCCACAAUCCCACGGAACCCAAAAGGUUUUGGCUAUGUGACUUUUAUGCAUCUGGAAGCCCUAAGACAAAGAACCUUCAUUAAGGAUGAUACUUUGUUAGUGCGCUGUGAGGUUUCUACUCGCUUUGACAUGGGCAGUCUUCGGAGGGAGGGUUUCCAGCCACGGAGCACGGACGCAGGGAUAUAGCAUCCCUGGUUUGUUUUUCUGAAAGCCUCCUGGAGAAAAUGGCCUUUUCUUGCCCUGUUCGCAAUAAUAAUAUGUAAACAAUGAAAGCAGUGGGAAAAAUGGGAUCCCCAUCAGUGAAUGUGGUGAAGGAGGUCGCUCUUGUCACUUGUACUUGUUUCUGUUACAAAUACCUAAAGCAGUUUUUCCCUGGGACUCUACGUGUCCCCUGCUUUUUCAAGAUGGUUACUACUGACUACUGAAGCACCUGUGGCACAUGGUAGCAGCUACCUGUCAUUAGUAUACCUCUUUGUUGUGCUUUCAUGGGCCUUUUUCCAGAAAGUUCUAUCAAAAGCCCAGGGUUGGAGUAGUAAAGCUCAACCCUUUUAAUAGUCAUGGACGCUCCUUAAAACUUUAGCUUAUUUUUCUAGUAUUGUAUGUAAUAUAUUAAACUUGAGAAUCACUACCACCUUGUGCUGGUGCCAGUGGGAAGUUGCUACUAUAAAGCUGAGUUCUCAUUUUAUUUGACCACCGGUAGCCUUCAGAGGAUUUGAACUUCAAUCCUUGGAAAACUUAAGUUCUCAUUCACCCCGUUUCCCUCCGGGGUGUUACUAAGGAUAUUCAGGGACUAGUUUAAACCCUGACUAUUAACCUCACUUUUUUAGUGUGAACAUGUCUGUUGAAAAAUUCUUGUUAAAGCCUUUCAUUCUUCCUUGCUCACUUAUUUCUUCAGUACUACAAAGUAGCAUUUUCAGAGUUUAGAAUGCCAACAGCUCAGUGUUGUGCUGUAAACCCCUUGAUGUCUAGUCAAUACAGAGUGCGGUCCACAGCCCUGCAGAUGUUCUCUGACGCUUAAUGCUGUAGACAAGGAGAGGCACACACAAUGACCAACAUAACAAUUUAAAAUGGCUCGGCUAGUCGGCUAAUACGCCUUCUCAGUGGUGGUGACAAAAGCUGUUUGAACCAGACAUUUUCAGCUUUUCUGAACACCCUCUGGUUUAGUUAAGUGGAACAAAAUUGAUUGUCAAAGAGCAAAAUUUCUUAAUACUUGGGAGAUCAUUGGUGCUCCCUGAGCCGUCACCAAACUAAGGUUGGAAGUCAUAGUGUUACAUCAGGACUUGGCUUGAGCAGUUGCUUUAGUCCAUACCUGGGGAGGACCAUGUAGAAUUCAUUAAAGUGGCUAAAUGCUCCUAAUAGGGAGAGAUGACGUCUGUGUCAUUCUAUGUUUGUUAAAUUCUCAUUCACCCCGUUUCCCUCCGGGGUGUUACUAAGGAUAUUCAGGGACUAGUUUAAACCCUGGCCUGUAGGUAUCAUGGUGACGUCUAGUUCUCAGGGUGUCCUCCAGCUAGUAUGGGCUCUUCUCAGGAAUCUAAGGGCCUUCGUAUCUUGCCACGAAGUGGUUCGAGAUUCUCCCCGGGAUCGCCACCAUGCGUGCGCACUUACCCACCCCCAGAGCUGCCACUGCGCACACCCACAGCUUCACUCACGGGGGCAAGGGAAAAAGGCUUGCCUAUUACUCCUGUCAGUGCACUUCGUGGGAAAGAGAGGGUGUGUCUCUGAAGUUAAUUGUCACUAUGUGUCAAAGAGUUUAGAGAACAAUGAUUAAGGAAACAUUUUCCCGAUUGAUGAAAAAUAACUCAGCUAUACUAAUCUACCCCUGCUGGAAGGUUAUUAUGUAGCAUGCAGUGUAUUAUGUGGUGCAUAAUAAAAUUU